AAACUUUAACAAGAGUGUAUAUAAGUCUCCUACUUCCCAAACACAUGCUGGAUAUCUUUAUGUGUGGAUCACAAGUUCAGAUAUGAAGAUGUUUGGUCUUCAACUGUUUGUUUUGAUUUGUUUUUAUGCUGCAGUACAGCCGUCCAGUCAAACAGACGGCAGCUCUUUUCUCAUCUACAAUGAGGAUCACAACAGAUGUGUGAAUGUCAUCAGUGCCAGUGUUAUACAGACGGCAGCGUGUGAUGUAUCUUCUGACGCUCAGCGUUUCCGAUGGGUUUCUUCUUCAAGAAUUAUCAGCGUCUCUCUUAAACUCUGUUUGGGGGCUCAAAGCGUUAAAGACUCUGAGAAAGUGAUCCUUCUGCCCUGUAAAGAGCUCAGUCCUCUACAGACCUGGGAAUGUAAGAAUGAGACCUUGUUUGGCUUAAAGGGACAACCGUUACAUCUGAACUACGGCCAUCGAGGGGACCAAAAUAUGAUGCUGUUUAAGGGAAAUGGAUCUUGGAGUUGCUGGCAGAUUUAUGGGACUACAGACAAUCUGUGUUCUCAUGGAUAUCAAGAGAUUUAUACUCUGGGUGGGAAUUCAUUUGGAAAGCCAUGUCAGUUUCCCUUUAAGUUUAAUGACAAAUGGUUCGCUGAGUGCACCAUGGAGGGAAGAUCAGACGGCAAACUGUGGUGUUCAACUGAGACAGAUUAUGAAACUGACAAGAAGUGGGGCUUCUGUCCAACCAAACGCGUCACUGGAUGGGACAGUGAUCCAGUAACUGGUGUAUUAUAUCAGAGAAACACACAAUCAGCACUGACCUGGCAUCAAGCUCGAGCCAGCUGCCAACAACAAGAUGCAGAUCUUCUCAGUAUAUCAGAACUACAUGAACAGUCUUAUAUAUCAGGCUUGACAGAUUUCUUGAAUUCAGCUUUAUGGAUCGGACUCAACAGUCUUGACUUUGAGAGUGGAUGGCAAUGGAGUAAUGGAAACCCAUUCAGAUAUCUCAACUGGGCUCCUGGUAAUCCUUCUCUGGAGCCAGGCCUUAACUGUGCUGCAUUAAACGCUGAUAAAGCAUCCAAGUGGGAAAGUCUGGCCUGCAGUAAGAAGUUAGGUUACAUUUGCCGAAAGGGAAAUUCAACAGAUAUCACACCUUCAACAGGUGUAGGUCUGCCUAACUUCUGUCCAGUGGCGUGGGUGCCGUAUGCCGGCCAAUGUUAUUAUCUGCAGCGCACAAAUAAGACGUGGAGUGAUGCUUUGGCCGCGUGUCACAAAGAAGGAUCAGAUCUGGCCAGCAUUCACAACAUAGAAGAACACAGUUUCAUCAUAUCUCAGACUGGAUACAUGUCGACUGAUGAGCUCUGGAUUGGUCUUAAUGAUCAAAGGAUUCAGAAUCUGUUUGAGUGGUCAGAUAGAUCACACGUCACCAUUACUAAAUGGUUUGUUGGAGAACCUUCACACAUCACAAAUCGAAUGGAGGAUUGUGUUCUUAUCACAGGACAGGAGGGAAAGUGGUCAGAUCAUCUGUGUGAGUCAGCUCAUGGUUACAUCUGUAAGAAGAAAGCUUCCAUUAAACCUGAAGGACCUCCAGAGGUCAUUAGUCCUGGAUGUCCAGCUGGUUGGUUUAGGUUUGGCUAUUACUGUUAUAGCGUUGCCAUGGAAACCAAAACUUUUGAUGAUGCCAAACUGACGUGUGAGCAGACCGCAGCUAACCUGGUUGAUGUUGGCAGCAGAUAUGAGAAUGCGUUUCUCAUCAGUCUGGUUGGUCUUCGACCUGAGAAAUAUUUCUGGAUUGGUUUGUCUAAUACUCAUCAGACUGAGCAAUUCCAGUGGAUCAAUGGUGAAAAAGUCAAGUUUACACACUUUAAUGUAGGAAUGCCAGAUAAGCACCGAGGUUGUGUAGCAAUGUUAACAGGAACUUCAGCAGGAUUAUGGGAUGUAUUGGCCUGCAACACUAAACAGAAAUACAUCUGUAAGAAAAUGGCAGAAGGAGUCACAACAACCCGAGAGCCUCCGACCACACAACCUCUCAGCUGCCCGGAUAAUUGGAUCAAAAAAGAUCCAGGAAAUUGUAUUCGGGUCUACAGAAAGCAGAAGGAUGAGAAGAAGACUUGGUUUGAAGCGCGUGACUUCUGUCGAGCUGUUGGUGGUGAUUUAGCGAGCUUUCAUUCAGAAAAGGAAAUUAAUGUGUUACCGUAUUCAAGCAGAGACCCGGCGUGGAUUGGCUUCACUUCAUUGGACAGUAAUUCUGGUUAUGUGUGGUCAGAUCAAACUCCUUCCGAUUAUCAGAACUGGGCCUCCGGUGAACCAAACAACUACAACAAUAAUGAGAACUGUGCUGAAUAUGGCUAUUAUUCUGGCAACAAGUGGAAUGAUCAAGAUUGUGAUGCUUUUAUAAACUGGGUCUGUCAGAUUCCAAUAGGCAUAACUCCAAAAUCCCCACCGACAUCAGUCAUUCAAGAAUAUAACAAGACGUCUGAUGGCUGGAUUCAGUACAAUGGCAGUCAGUAUUUCAUUAAUCUUGAUCUUCACACUAUGGAAGAUGCUCGUGCCUUCUGUAAGAAGAAUCAUGCUGAUCUUGUUGUCAUUAAUGGUCAGACUGAGAGGAGGUUUUUAUUUAAACAGAUAUCUAGAAAUGAAGGAUCAGAAAAUCAGUUUUACAUCGGGAUGACUGUAGAAUUGGACAAAUCAUUUAGUUGGGUGGACGGUUCACCUGUUGUAUACACUGCGUGGGAACGAAAUGAACCAAAUUUCUCCAACAAUGAUGAGAACUGUGUGUCCAUUUUCAAAUUCUCAGGAUUCUGGAAUGAUAUUAAUUGUGGUUAUUCGUUACCCUCGAUCUGUAAAAGAAGUGAUGAUUUUGUCAACACCACUGUGUCUCCAACCACUGUAUCAGCAGGCGGCUGCGCUCCUGAAUGGACUCUGUUCAGAGGAAAAUGUUACAAGUUUUUCGAUAAUAAAAUGUCAUGGCAUAAAUCACGAGAUCACUGCAUUUCAAAUGGAGGCAAUCUGGUGUCCGUUCGGAGUCACACAGAGCAAUUUUUUCUCACAACUUUAAUGCUAAGUGCUGUUGAUGACGUGUGGAUCGGUUUAAAUGACAUUGUCUCAGAGGAAACAUUUUUGUGGACCGACAAUCUAGCUGUCAGAUACACAAACUGGCUUAAAGGUCAACCUUCAUCAUAUUUACAGUCAAGAGACUUUUUUGACGAAGACUUUGAGAUGGAAUUAUUUGCUAUGAGACAUAUGAGACAGAUGAGGCAGAAGAGAUAUCUCAUCCAUCGGCCCCAUCCAUUUUUACACCACAUAUUUGAAUAUAAGGACUAUGACUGUGUUGUGAUGGUUAAACACCCAGAGAAGUCCACUGGUAAGUGGAAAGUUGGAGACUGUAAAGAUGAGAGAGGUUUCAUCUGCAAGAGGAACACAGACUCUCAGCUGUCCGCUAUGACCACAUCAAUACCACAGAAAUAUUCCAGUCUGGGCAAUGAUUCAUAUAAGGUCCAGCUGGAGAAGAUGAGCUGGGAUGAAGCGAGAAGACAGUGUAAAGCUGAUGAUGCUGAUCUUGCGAGUGUACUGGACUCCAUCAGUCAGGCGUACACCAGCCUACAAGUCGACAAACUCAAAGAACCUUUGUGGAUCGGACUCAACAGUAACCUGACAGGUGGACGCUAUCGCUGGGUGGAUAACUGGCUUCUAAGCUACAGUAAAUGGGCUACAGGAGAACCCAAAAACAAUUUAGCUUGUGUUUAUAUUGACACGAAUGGAGACUGGAAAACUGCGGCGUGUAACAACAAAUAUUAUUCCCUCUGUAAAAGAUCAGCAGUUUUUGUCCCUACAGAUCCUCCUCAGCUGCCGGGAAACUGCCCCGAAUCAGAUCACAGGAAAAGUUGGAUCCCAUUUAGAGGACACUGCUAUACGUUCAUGACCUCCACCAGAGAAAACUGGGCUCAUGCCACAGUAGAAUGUAUAAGAAUGGGUGCAUCUUUAGUGAGUAUUGAGGAUCCAAUAGAAUCACAGUUUAUCCGACAAAACCUGGAGAUCCUGCAGGAUGAAGUCAAGUCAGUCUGGAUUGGACUUCACCGCAGUCAUAAGGGUGAUUGGAUGUGGAUUGAUAAUACGGUUGUGGAUUACACAAACUGGAAACCGGAGAUGCGGGGUGAUGCUGAAAAAUGUGUUGAAGUUCAGUCAGACACUGGGAUGUGGAGCACCAGCAGCUGUGGUGAUCGCAGAGGUUAUAUCUGCACGACUGCUAAAGUUAUACCACCAACAGAGAAGCCAUCAGUCUCAGUUACACCAACAACAGCGAAGUUAUCAGUCUCAGAUCUUCACGUAGAUGAGAGGUCUCAUGGAUCGGCUGGCAUCGCUGUAGGGGUCGUGUUUGUCAUAAUCGCUAUCGCCGGUCUUGCUGGGUUUUUGCUCUUUAAGAGAAAUCCCAGGAGUUUGAUUGGACGGUUUGACGGCAGAUCCUAUAAUAAUCUCCCUGAGCCUCUUGCAUUUUUUGAUAGUAAAGAAUCAGCUGCCAACAUUGAAGAAUCAAUAUGAAUAACACAUAAACACACACACAGCCAUAAGUUUAAAUGUUAUGCAUAACUACCACAAUAAUUAUGCUCGGGGCUGUCAUGCACCAAAAUGUUUUACGGGGGAACACCUACCCUUCAUACUGUUAUCAGUAUUAUUAAUGUCAAUUAAACAUCAAAACAUUUAUACACCAUAUCCUUAUAUAGCCUACACAGACAAAAAGAAGAACAUUUAAUGAAUGACUUUAUUGCUAUUUUACACAUUAAUGAGAAUUUACAUUCUUCUUUUGAAUUAAUGUGCAUGUUUUUUUUUGUGGUAACACUAUACAAUAUGGUUCCAUUUGUUUACAUUAGUUAACUACAUCAGUUAAAAUGAACUAACAAUACUUCUACAGCAUUUUAGUCUUUGUUCACGUUCAUUUUAAUAUUAACCAAAAAAUGGUUAAGGCCCACUGAAGUGCCUUGGAACGUGCAGAAUUAUUUGAUGUGGUGACAUCAUUUUCACGUCAGUGUGGAACUAUUGAGAAGCUCCUCCCCCUUUUAGAAUAACCAAUAGUGUUUUGUUUAUGACACAAUCCAGCAAAGCUUUUGCGCACUACAGUUGUAUUGUAAUAAAGCCAAAUAGAUUCCUGAUUUAGAUAUAAUAUCUGUUACAGAACAAAAACAAUACUGUAAGAACAUGGAUGUGUCACGGUUAAUCCGUGUUCUGUUUGUGUCUGUUCUGAUUGUUGUCACCUUGACAUUCAUUGAUUAAUUACCUGCCUCAUCACACCUGUUUGUCAUUUAGUUAGCACCUUUAUAAAACCCAUUUACUUUCUCUGCUUAAAUCCACAUAUAGACAAAAUGUUAACUAAAAACACAUUGUAUUAUCUUAUAGCUGUACAUUUUUGCCAAAUGGACAUUAAACUCAUCAAAAUACUUCCUAAUUAUAACAUUGACACAUGUUUUCUGAAAAGCCAUUCCCUUGCAAAAAUGAUCCAUAGUUUUACUACAGUUAAAAAACAUGGUUACUUUAGUAAAACCAUGUUUAACCAUGGUUUUGUAAACAAUGUUUUUCAAAACUGUAGAUAAACCAUUACUGUAAUAAAACUGUAAAUGUGGUAAAACCAUGGUUUUGCUACUAGUUAUCAAUACAUCAAAAACAUGGUUAAUUUUCGUAAGGGUUAAUCUGUUACAUUGGUAUUUACGAAUCAAGGUCUACUGCCAAAUAACUCUGUAAGAGAUACAGAACAUCAAGCAAACAAAUUAAAAAGUAUGGAUAAAAUAAAACCAAAAUAGCUGUCAGAAAAACUAUAACAAACAACAGAUCUUACAAUUCUCUUAAAAACUAAGGCAUGAUCAGACUCCAAAGGUAAACAAACCAAAAUACACCAAAAAUUCACCUAUAUGCAAACUUUGGACAAAAUGUGCAUUGUUUUAAAAUGCUAACAGGAGUCACAAAACAUCUUGGGUGAAUGAAUGUGUUUAGUUCUUUAACACGUAAGUUCCCUGCUGGUUUUAGCUGGUCAAGCUGGUCUCCCAGCCUGGGGUGUAUUCCAGAAAGCAGGGUUAAUUAACCAUCAGAUUAACCCUGAACUUUGGGUUGAUCAACCCCAAACUUGCUUACUCAGGGUAUAUCGGUUCCAAAACACAGUUUAAGAGUUUAAAGAGCAUAUAGCUUAUAUUUUGGGUUAAGCUGAGUUGUUUCUACAUUGUGGUUAAUAAAAUAAUAGAAACAAAAUGUAUUAGCCUUUUAACCUGGUAUUAUCAAUCAAAAAUCUAGUGUGAUAUAUGAUAUUUUGAGAUUUUACUUUUUAAAGGUCUGUUUAUUGAAGCUGUGCUAAUUUGCCUACGCUAUCCAACAUAAAAUUAAUUUCACAUUCAUUGUUUUAAGUGAUCUAUAACAGUUUGUUUUAUUCUAU